AUGUUUUUAUUAUUUUUUUAUUUUUCGAAGUUUUUUUUUCUAGAACCAAAGGAAUAUAAAUACAAUUUACUUGAAAAUCCAAAAGGUUUAAUAGUUGUUUUUACAAAUGAGCCAGAUAGUAACAUAAUAUUAUCUGGAAAAGAAGAAAUUGCAGAAUUGCCCGAUGAUUGGAUAAAUAUUUGGAAUGAAGCUUCUCUUAAAAUUUGUUUGGAGGAAGCAGCAGAUAAAUUAAAAAAGUUUAUUAGUAAAGAUGGAAAAAUUAAAGACCCGGAUAUGAUUAUUGGAAAUAUGGAUUCGAUGAAUGCUGAAACUAAAAAAUAUUUUGAAGAACGUCCAAAUGUUCAAAUAAUUCAAGUACAAAGUCAACAUAAAACAGACCAAGAAAAGGCAAUGGAUAUAAUUAAUGAACGUAUUAAAGAGAAAAAAGCUAAAGAAGAAAAACAAUUUGAGGGAAUUAUUUUUUUGGGACCCACACAUGGACGUAUGGACAAAGUUUUGUGUACUCAACACACAAUGGCAGUAAAUGUACUUAAACAUCCUGAUAUUCCAAUAAUGACUUUAGAUGGAAUUAACUUUAUGGUAAUGAUUCCACCAGGAAAAACAAAAAUUAAUUUGGAAUUCAUAGAAAAUACAAAAAAAGCUGGGAUUUUCCCAGUCCGUCAAAGAACUACAAAAAUAUUGACAAAAGGAUUUAAAUGGAAUUUUGGAAACGAAAAAUCAAUGGUUGGGGGAGUUGAAAAUUCUGAACGUGAAAUAAUUGAAUAUGGAGGGAAAUUGAGUUGCUCUAAUAAAAUUGAGACAUUAAAUGAUAUUUAUGUUGAUGCUACUGAACCUGUACUAAUUACAAUUGAAUUAAAGAAAAAUAAUGUUUUGAUGAAUAAAGAGAAAUAUUGA